AUGAAGAGCGACAACAGUUACAACAAAGAAGAAGAAAAUUUGAAGCAAGAGACGUCUCCAAAUAAUUCUCAUACCACAACCCUUGAUUCAAGAUUUAAUCAAACUCUGAGAAAUGUUCAAGGGCUACUAAAGGGUCGCAGCUUUCCUGGUAAAGUGUUGAUAACAAGAUCAGAUCCGGCGGAUGGUACUAUCUUGGCUUCUCCUGGUGGUAGCAGUAGCAGGAGCCCCUCGGAAAUCAAUAGCCCACCAAGCAAACACGAUCACAUUCUUAGAAAUAAACCAAAUACAAGUACAGCUGAUAACAAGUCAAACUCAUCAUUGUCAAUAUCAAAUUCUGAGGAUAAGGCAAAGGAGGCUCCAAGAUUUGUGAUGGGUGCCCGAGCUACAGAUACUGCGAGGAUAAUGAAAUUCACCAAAGUUUUAGGGGGAACAACUGUCAUUUUAGACAAGUUGCGUGAGUUAGCUUGGAGUGGAGUGCCAUCUUAUCUUCGCCCUAAUGUAUGGAGGCUUCUCUUGGGAUAUGCACCCCCUAAUUCAGAUCGAAGGGAGGGAGUCCUAAGAAGAAAGCGCAUCGAAUAUUUUGACUGUGUUGCUCAGUAUUAUGACGUUUCAGAUGAAGAACGUACAGAUGAAGAGAUUAGUAUGUUGCGCCAGAUUGCUGUUGAUUGUCCUAGAACUAUGCCUGACGUCACAUUCUUCCAACAAGCAGAAGUGCAGAAAUCUUUGGAGUGUAUACUGUACACAUGGGCGAUCAGGCAUCCAGCAAGUGGAUAUGUGCAGGGAAUAAACGACCUUGCGACACCUUUUUUAGUUGUUUUCUUGUCAGAACACUUGGAAGGGAGUGUUGAAAGCUGGUCAAUUGCUGAUUUAGAUCCUGAAAAGAUCUCUAAUGUUGAAGCCGAUUGUUAUUGGUGUUUAUCCAAGUUGCUUGAUGGUAUGCAAGACCAUUAUACAUUCGCUCAGCCUGGGAUCCAAAGGCUAGUCUUUAAGCUCAAGGAACUUGUCAGGCGAAUUGACGAACCGGUUGCAAGACAUAUAGAUAAGCAAGGGCUUGAGUUUCUUCAGUUUGCUUUCCGGUGGUUCAACUGUCUUCUAAUACGAGAGAUUCCCUUCCAUCUUGUUACACGUUUAUGGGACACGUAUCUUGCUGAAGGCGAUGCUUUACCGGAUUUCAUUGUGUAUAUAUUUGCCAGUUUUCUUUUAACGUGGUCGGAUAAGCUUUUAAAGCUUGAUUUCCAGGAGAUGGUGAUGUUCCUUCAACAUUUGCCAACCCACAAUUGGAAUCACCAAGAGCUGGAGAUGGUGCUUUCCAGAGCCUUUAUGUGGCACACCAUGUUUGAUAGUUGUCCCAACCACUUAGCUACUUGACUACCUUUUUUUUGUUUUUUUUAUAACUAUUUGUGGUGUAAAAAUGAAACUGUUGUAAAACAGAACACCAUGUCCAACAACUGGAUUUUGAAGCUUCUAAGUGUGUGCUAAUGUAAACAAUGCCAGUAUGUUUACUUUCUGACUGGUUUAGCUCCUGUUUUUCUUUUCAUUAAUUAAAGAGUUUGUUUGUUUUUUUAAAUCAACUAUUGUCCUGAUAAAUAUUGUCUGCAGAUAUCUAAGAAAUUAACGCUCAAAAAUAGAUUUCCUGGGAGUUUGAACAUCCCCGGAAGUCGGAUUUAAGGCAAAAGGCAAGAUUAAAAUGACGAGAAUGUGAGGUCACAUCCCGAGGAAAACUCAUUAUUCUUUCAUGGAAUCAUAAAAUUUAACCAAAUAAACGGCAACAAAGAAAGGAACUGUAAUUAAUGGGCUAUCCAUUAAUGGUGAGUGGGAGACUGAAAGUGAAUCUUUGUUAAAAUUCAAAGAUGAUAGUGAAUUU